GUCUCAUGCAACAACCAUUCUGUUAUGCUUCCGGCAUUUCCAAUGAAGCCAAUGAGCAAAACUCAUGUACUGGGAUGAAGCUAUUGUUGUAGUUGUUUGAAGGCUCACCUUGAACAAACUGUAAAACUUGUGCAUUUCAGAACAACCCAAUUCAUGCACUUGGGCAAUCAAUCUCAUUUGGGAGGUUCAUGUCAGAGUCCUUGGCAUGGGAAAAGUGGUCUAGUUUCUCCCACAACCGCUAUGUUGAAGAGGCAGAGAGAUAUUCAAGGCCUGGUUCUGUUGCACAGAAGAAGGCUUUCUUUGAAGCUCACUACAAGAAACUUGCUGCUCAAAAGGCAGCUGCAUUGCUUGAACAACAAGCAAACAAUGGUGCACAAAACAAUGCCACAAAAGAAGAAGAUGAGGGAGUAAUUGACAGCGACACUGACACUCACAGUCACACUCAUAUCUCACACACGAGUCCUAAUUCUGAAAUGGUUGUCAAGGAAGAACAUGAUGCAAAGGUUUUGAGUGUUGCCUCUAACCAUGUUUCAAAUUCAAAAAUGGAGGCAAAUGUUAUACCUGAAAUUAGCAAGGUAGAGGGAAGUGAGACAGUGAUGGAAGAAGUAGUGGUUGUAGGGAAUUCAAUGAAGGUUGAAUUGCAAAACCAGGUUGAAAAUGUUGAUCCACAAAAGGAGGAGCAAAGUGAGAAGCUUAGUGGAACACCUCCAAUUAGGACACCACUAGUGAAGGGCUCAACUAUAUCUGAUCAAGAAGUUUUGGCAUCAAUGAGCAAGAAGAAACCACCAGUUUCUUCCUUUAAGUUGUUCAAGGCUAAUAAUGGAACCUCAAAGUUCACCUCUACUACACCUGUCAAAUCCACAGCUCCUAUUUCUUCCAAAAGAGAUAACAUUGCUACACCAAUGAGCAAUAAGGCUGCUACAUUAAGCUCCGCAGAUAAAAAGAGAUCUACUCCUAAGUCACUUCAAAUGUCAGUUAGUUUUACACCCAUUAGAGAACUUAAUAGAUUGACUGCAUCAGUCAUGAGGAGAUUUGAAGGUACAAGAGUUGGUGCUGGUUCUUCCAAGGCUUCAAAGGAUAGCUUGACUCCUCUAAGAACCCCAACUUUGGCUUCCAAGGAGAUGCAAAAGCACUCUACAUUGACCCCACUAACUGAAAAGAAAAGGAACAAAACACCUCUUGAUUUGUCAUCAGCCUCAGGCAACCAUACAGGUGGCCCUAAAUGGCGCUUGCUCUCUGGAGAAAGUAGAAUGAGGUCCCCAAUUAUAUCAUCCCCUUUCAGCUUGAGGACAGAAGAAAGAGCUGCAAGAAGAAAGAAGAAACUUGAAGAAAAGUUCAAUGCUAAUGAAGCACAAAAGGUGCAGCUGCAUACAAAGCUCAAGGAGAAAGCAGAGACAGAGAUUAGAAAACUACGCCAAAGCUUUUGCUUCAAAGCCAGGCCACUACCUGAUUUUUACAAGGAAAGAAAAUCUUCAAAGAAUGAAACAAUAAAGGACCCAUUGACAGAUUCAGAAGUACCGAAAGAGGGAAGGAAACCAUCAACUCCCACUGUUACAGAGAGCAAACAUUCUUUCCUUCCUAACAACAGACCUUCACUGAAAAACAGUGGCACAAAGCAUUUCCAGGGAAAGAGUGGUCACACAUUGACUCAUCCUCUACCUCCAAAUUCCAUGAUGAUUACAACUCAUGAGAAUACAUCACCAAAUAUUCAGCAUGGAUACCAUAAUAAUAGAAAUUAUAAAUAAUGACCAUGUUGAGGGCAGAGAGCAUCACUUGACAACUUGUAAAUGUAGCUUCUAGCAAAUGGGACUGUACCACAUUAGUUAGACCCCAAAGAUCACAAGUAUGACCCUUGUUGUAUUGUGGGUACAUAGCAACAAUUUUC